GGAAAUGCUAUCAUUGAACUUGACGGUAUACGCUUCAGGGUGCACCAAUCGUGGAUCGCAAAACAUUCAAAACGAAUUGCAGCCAUACUUCCCGACAAUGGAAAACAAGGCGGCAGACUUGAAGAGAUUACGCUCGAUUUUAGCGGCGCGCUCAAAGCAAUAGAUUUAGAGGCACUGCUUUUAUUUUAUGAAAACCCUGGGGACUACCGCGAUUACAUUGAGACCCCCACGCUGAUGUCCCUUAUUCGCGCAGCAACGAUGCUUGGCUUUGACUCCGAUCGUGUAUGGCUCGUGAGGGAGUUGGAAGCGCUUUGGCCAUCUAAUCUUGGAGAGCUGUUUGUCAACCCAGAACCGCGUAUCGAUGCUCCAGAGGUGGCUGCCCUUGCGCGGACGUGCGACAUCGAUGCGUUGUUGAAACCUGCGUUUUAUGACAUGGCAAGAGUACCUGGAUUCGGUCUGAACAGGCUGGAUGAAUCGGGGCAGAUCAGCCGUGCGGAUGUACUGCGCCUUGUCCGGAUGAGAGAGUAUCUGAGUGGCAUGUGGUCUCAGGUAGCUGCACACGAGGAUCCUACAUUUGUGUGCCAAAACUUUGGGGAUGCACUAUGCAGCAAUGGAGAAGGACCCGCAAGUCUGUCUGAAAAUACCGAGGAGAAGCCUGUACUUUGCCCUACCGCCUCCGCUAGUAUGGUUAACAAGUGCCUCUCUGCGACGGCACGAUGCGAGGCGUGGGUUCGGCUUGUGCACCACUCAGAUAUUUUCGCUCGGUAUCGGUAUGACCCACUGCGCGGACUAGCGGCGUUGACAAACAUCGUGUGGACUGACGACUGGUGCAAAGAUUGCCAGGAGAAACGGAAGGCGGAUUGGGGUAUAAUGCAGAGGAGCAUUUGGGAGAAGGUUGGCGACUAUUUGUGGGAAAUUUGAUAGGUGGAUAUUGCAUUUUGCCCACAUAAGAACCAUUCCCCGUCAUUAUGUCCCGCUAGAGUUGC